CUCCCCAACUUCUCUCUCUUACGCACCUUCCUACUUCCUCCUCCAAUUAUUUAUGUCUCUUAUGGUAAAUGCUUCUUCUCACACAUUCCACAUCACUAUUAAUUCUCUCUCUCCUCUAUGGCCACCUCUGACCACCCUGUCCAGGAAUCACGUUUCUCACGCAUGCACUACUUCUCCACUGACGACGACCAGGACGAGGAUGACGACGACACCGACCUCGACUUCGUCGACGACAGCAAUGUCAGCCCUGCUGAAGAGGAGGAACCCAAAAAAUCCGACAUUCUCGGCGGCGAGAAUUUCAAUCGCCGCCGGGAAUUUCGGGUGGUGCUGGACCCGCGAGGCAAGUGGGUUCAGGAAUGGAACAGGGUGUUCCUCCUCGUGUGCGCCACCGGGUUGUUCGUGGACCCGCUGUUCUUCUACGCGCUGUCGAUAAGCGACACGUGUAUGUGCCUCUUCGUGGAUGGGUGGCUCGUCAUCACCGUCACUGCGCUCCGCUGCAUGACGGACGCGUUGCACGUGUGGAACAUGUGGUUGGAGUUCAAGAUGGCGAAACGUUCUUCUUCUUUUAUCGGAAGGGACACUAACGCCUCAGGUGGCGGCGGCGGAGGCGGAGGCGGAGGCGGCUAUGCUCUUCGCUACCUCAAGGCCAAACGGGGCUUCUUCUUUGACCUCUUUGUCAUCCUCCCUAUUCCCCAGAUUGUGCUAUGGGUGACAAUUCCGUUCUUGUUGAAGAAAGGAUCAAUUACGUUGGUGGUGACAGUGUUCUUAAUUAUGUUCCUCUUUCAAUACCUUCCCAAAAUUUAUCACUCUGUUUGCCUCUUGCGUCGCAUGCAAGACCUUUCUGGCUACAUUUCUGGCACCGUUUGGUGGGGUAUCGCACUCAACCUGAUCGCAUAUUUUGUUGCUUCCCAUGCUGCAGGGGCAUGUUGGUACUUGCUAGGGUUACAAAGAGCAGCAAAGUGCCUAGAAGAGCAAUGUGCAAAAACAACUGGUUGUGGAUUGAGAACACUGUGUUGCAAAGAGCCUAUAUACUAUGGAGGCAUUAACAUUGUAAGAGACAAAACAAGGUUGUUAUGGGCACAGAACAGGGAAGCUAGGUCUACUUGCUUGGACAGUGCUGAUAACUACGACUAUGGUGUAUAUGAAUGGUCUGUACAACUCGUCACAAAUGAUAGCCGAUUGGAAAAGAUACUUUUCCCUAUCUUCUGGGGCCUAAUGACUCUAAGCACUUUUGGGAACCUAGAGAGCACACCAGAGCGACUAGAAGUGAUUUUUAACAUUAUUGUGUUGACUAGUGGCCUCCUUCUGGUGACUAUGCUGAUUGGCAACAUCAAGGUGUUUUUGCAUUCCACAACAUCAAAGAAGCAAGCGAUGCUAUUGAGGAUGAGGAACAUUGAAUGGUGGAUGAGCAAAAGGCGAUUGCCACAAGGGUUCCGGCAGCGCGUGAGGAACUAUGAGCGGAUGCGUUGGGCUGCCACGCGCGGGGUUGAUGAAUGCCAGAUGAUUAAAAAUCUCCCUGAGGGACUAAGAAGGGACAUCAAGUACCAUCUUUGUUUGGAUUUGGUGAGACAGGUGCCACUCUUUCAGCAUAUGGAUGAUUUGGUGCUAGAGAAUAUUUGUGACCGUGUGAAGUCCCUUGUAUUCACUAAGGGAGAAACAAUAACGAAAGAAGGAGACCCAGUUCAAAGAAUGCUAUUUGUAGUAAGGGGUCACCUUCAAAGUAGCCAAGUACUCCGAGACGGAGUGAAGAGUUUCUGCAUGUUAGGGCCGGGGAACUUCAGUGGAGACGAGCUGCUCUCAUGGUGUCUGAGAAGGCCAUUCAUAGAGCGUCUUCCACCGUCUUCAUGCACGUUGGUGACACUGGAAACGACAGAGGCGUUUGGGCUUGAGGCACAGGACGUGAAGUACGUGACGCAACAUUUCAGGUACACAUUCGUGAAUGAGAAGGUGAAGAGGAGUGCCAGGUAUUACUCGCCAGCUUGGAGAACUUGGGCUGCGGUGGCCAUUCAGUUGGCUUGGAGGAGGUACCAGCAUCGUUUGACUUUGACUUCUUUGUCCUUUAUAAGGCCCCGCAGGCCUCUCUCUAGGUCUACUUCCAUGGAAGAGGAUAGGCUUCGUUUAUAUACGGCUAUGUUAACCUCCCCCAAGCCUAAUCAAGAUGACUUUGACUUCUGAAUUCCUCUCCAAUCAUAACCAAUGUAUCUAUAUGGCUUUGGAUUUUUAUAAAUAACUUGAAUAUUAAUCAUGUUUAUGCUUUUCAUUAUUUUACUAUGUACAUCUAUUAUGAUAUAAUACAAGUAAUUUCACACUUGAUUA